UAUAAACCCGCCCCACAUAUUCUCUCCACGUCCCAUCUAGCAGUCUUCCACUCUCUUGACGUUUUUUUACCGUUCUCUGUACGUUGUCUGCUUCUUUUUUUGAGCUUGGUAGCCGGAUGUCGAGGCGUGGGGGUGGCGGCCGCCGGGGAGGCGGCGAUUACUAUCGGGAGCCGCAGCCCGGAGCUCCGUCCUCCGGCCAGCGAGGAGGAGGACGGGGAGGUAGAGGCGGCGGAGGGAGAGGACGGGGCGGCGGUGGAGGCGGCCGUGGUGGCUAUGGAGAAGGGCAUGCUCCGCCGCCGGCCACCGCAGACUAUCCGUCGCCCCGAGCGCAGGAGGAGCGCCAGAGGCCGAUGGAUCCUUCGCCGUCAUCUGUGUCCGCGACAGUAUCCUCCUCGUCCUUAAGUCGGGACAUGGAUCGGCAGCUCUCGCUCCGGGAACCGGGGGAGGCCGGAACAUCCGGUCCGACGCCUCCGUCGCCGCCUUCGGCGCCGGUGGUGGUGACGCCUCCGGCGUCGAGCAAGGCUCUUAGGCAUCCAUCUAGACCGGGGUUCGGCAAGGUUGGGAGAAAGUGCGUGGUGAAGGCGAAUCACUUUCUUGUGGAAGUCGCGGACAAGGACUUGUGCCAUUAUGACGUUUCAAUCAACCCAGAACCGAUAUCCAAGACUACAAACAGAAAUGUGAUCAGCGAGCUUGUGAGGUUGCAUAAGGACUCCCAGUUAGGCAGGCGAAUGGCUGUUUAUGAUGGAAGGAAAAGCUGGUACACUGCUGGUGCUCUACCGUUUACAUCGAAGAAUUUCGUGAUAAAAUUGCCCGACAUUGGUCGAGACGGCAAUGUUAGGGGGGAGAAGGAAUAUAACGUCACGAUUAAGUUUGCUGGGCACCCUGAUCUCCACCAUCUCCAAGAGUUCUUACGUGGGAGGCAGAUGGAUGCCCCUCAAGAAACUAUUCAAGUUCUUGACGUGGUUCUGAGGGAAUCACCUUCGACAAGAUAUACUGCUGUGUCCAGGUCAUUUUUCUCUCCCCAGUUUGGGAAUCCAAAGGACAUUGGGGGUGGGAUAGAAGUUUGGAGGGGUUAUUACCAAAGUCUUCGUCCCAUGCAGAUGGGACCUUCUUUGAACGUCGACACCUCUGCAACAUCAUUUUACAAGUCUGUACCUGUUGUAGACUUCGUUGUUGAUUAUCUUAACCUCCGCGAUCGAUCAAGGCCCUUAUCCGACGCAGAUCGCGUUAAGAUAAAGAAAGCCCUAAGAGGGCUAAGAGUUGAGGCCACGCAUAGGAGAGAAUCAAGGAUACGCUAUAGGAUCACGGGAAUAACAUCGAUGCCCAUGAGUCAAUUGACGUUUGAUGCUGGAGAAGGGGGGACAAAGAUUUCUGUAAUUCAAUAUUUUAGACAACGGUAUAGCUACGCUCUCAAGUAUGCCCAUUGGCCUUGUCUUCAAGCUGGCAGCGAUAGCAGGCCGAUCUACUUGCCAAUGGAGGUGUGCACAAUUUUAGAAGGUCAGAGGUAUGGAAAGAAGCUGAAUGAACGACAAGUAACUGAAAUGCUGAGCUUUACAUGCGAACGCCCUCAAGAUAGGGAGCGCAAUAUUCUGGAGGUGGUGAGUCAAAACAAUUACAAUGACGAUAAGUAUGCAAAAGAGUUUGGAAUUAGGGUUAGAAAUCAGCUUGCUGCUGUUGAUGCUCGGGUUUUGCCACCUCCAAAGUUAAAGUAUCAUGACUCUGGGAGGGAGAAGAUGUGCAGUCCUAUUGUGGGUCAGUGGAACAUGAUCAACAAGAAAAUGAUUAACGGUGGAACUAUAGAAUAUUGGACAUGCUUGAAUUUUUCACGUGUUCUCCCAAAUGAUGUCUCUCGGUUUUGCAAUGAUCUGGUUGCGAUGUGUAAUGACAAAGGGAUGGUAUUCAAUCCAGAACCGUUUACUAGCAUUCGGUCGGCACGCCUUAAUGAUAUGGAAUCUGCUCUUAGAGAGGUCUAUCAUCAAUCUAUGGAAAGACUAUCUCGCAUGGGGAAACAUAUCCAGUUGCUGAUUGUUGUUCUGCCUGAAAUGAGAGGCUAUUAUGGAAAGGUCAAGCGGGUAUGCGAUACCGAGCUUGGCAUUGUAUCACAAUGCUGCUUACCAAAGCAUGUAUCCAGCAGGGGAAACAAGCAGUAUCUAGAAAAUGUUGCAUUGAAAAUCAAUGUUAAGUGUGGUGGGCGCAACACGGUACUCGAAGAUGCCCUUCGUAAUAACAUUCCCUAUGUAACGGACAGGCCAACAAUUAUAUUUGGUGCUGACGUGACACAUCCUUCUCCAGGAGAAGAUUCUUCACCAUCAAUUGCAGCGGUUGUUGGUUCUAUAGACUGGCCAGAGAUCACAAAAUACAAAGGUCUUGUAUCUGCUCAAGAACAUAGAAAGGAGAUGAUACAGGAUCUUUAUACGUUAAAACAAGAUUCACAAAAAGUUAAUCCACAUGGAGGCAUGAUAAGAGAAUUAUUGCUUUCUUUCUAUAGAUCAGUGAGGCAGAAGCCCGAGAGAAUAAUAUUCUACAGGUUUUUACAGUAUCAAUUUAUCUUAUGGAGCUGUGUUCUUCUGUCAUGUGAUGGAAACGUUUUGACUUGCUAUAUAUACAGGGAUGGUGUCAGUGAAGGUCAAUUUGCUGAGCUAUUGCUUUAUGAAAUGGAUGCAAUACGGAGGGCUUGCGCCUCGUUGCAGGAUGGGUACUUGCCUCCUGUCACGUUUAUUGUAGUACAGAAGAGGCAUCACACUCGCUUAUUUCCUCAAGUUCAUGGAGAACGAAGUUCAACGGAUCGAAGUGGAAACAUAUUACCAGGAACUGUGGUCGAUACAAAGAUUUGUCAUCCGACAGAAUUUGAUUUCUAUCUUUGCAGUCAUGCCGGUAUAAAGGGAACCAGCAGGCCAACACAUUAUCAUGUACUGUUGGAUGAGAAUCAUUUUUCUGCUGAUACAUUGCAGAUGCUAACUAACAAUCUUUGCUACACGUAUGCUCGUUGUACUCGUUCGGUUUCAGUCGUUCCUCCAGCAUAUUAUGCACAUCUGGCUGCUUUUCGUGCUCGGUAUUAUAUAGAAUCUGAAUUUUCUGAUGGAGGAUCAACAUCAAUUGGUAGUUUUAGGGAUCGAUCUGCUGUAGUGCGUCAUCUGCCGCAGAUCAAAGACAGUGUUCAAGAAGUUAUGUUUUUUUGUUAAAAAUAUUAUAGAUUUUUGUUGUUCAAAUAUUUUUGGGAUAGUUUAUGUUUUUGGGAUAGUUAUAUCGGACAGUUGAUAAAAUUUUAUUCUUUAGAAGCAGUUGGAAGUUAAUAUCGCAUCAAACUUUUUGUGUUUAAUUUUUUGGGGCAGGUUUUUUGAGGCGGUUUAUUUUUGAAUUUUAUAGAUGGUUGGAUUGUGCGGAGAAAAAAUUUUGUUGUGUCAUCGGAUGUCGGUUGAAUGAUUUUUUUUUUUUUAGGUGUCGGAAGUCAGCAGCAAUAUCUUGUUGUGUUGGUGUAUUAUUUUUUUCUUUUUUGUUAAAAUUUUUUUUAGUUGAUUAGAAACGGGUGGAUUGAUUUGCCGUGUGAUUGGAGCUUAUGGCUUGGGACACAACCCGCAUGUGGUGCGAGUCGAGGAAAUUUGGAUAUAUCAGUAUUUCUCACUUAAUUGUAUAUUUAUUUGGAUUAGUUGCUGAUCA